UUGAAGCACGCGAAAUGUAGUUGAAUGGGUAAUUCCCUGGACCGGUUUGCUGGCUACGAGGAUGAAUCGCCAACAGACAAUCAGGAAUCUAGAAAAAGGAGGAAUGGUGAAACGAGUGAUUCUCCUCCGAAGAAGAUCACAAAACUGGACACUGCUAAAUAUGUUUAUGAACGAUUAUUCUUGCAGGGCGAAGGAUCAGAUGUGACAGUUCAUGCACUCGGUCAUGUUUGGCAUCUGCAUAAGCUUUACUUGCAGCAAUGCAAGUAUUUCGAGGUGCUGAUGCGAGGGGACUGGAGAGAUUCCAAGGAAGAUGUGCUAUACCUCAAUUUUCCUGACGAGAAUGUGACUCAAGAAGGUCUUCAUGCUGUUUUGGGAUCCCUGUAUCACAAUCAAAUAGAGCUCGAUCUGGACAACGCCGAAGGAGUACUUUCAGCUGCGUCAGUGCUACAGCUGGAAAGUGUUUUGGAACGUUGUGGCGAUGCUAUGGCUGAGAAUCUUUCUGUCGAUAAUGCUUUGCGUUAUCUGAAUCUCGCAGAGAUGUACGGAUUGCCACAGGUGACGAACCGUGCCUAUCACUUGCUAAAAUGGAAUUUUUGGAGGUUCAUGAAGUCUAAGGAGUACCUGAAGAAUUUAAGGGAGGACACAUUUAUUCGAUUGAUAUCCUCUACAGAAUUAUUGAUCAUGGAGGGAGAAAUGGAUGUAUAUAAUAUGAUCAAAAUGUGGAUAUUUCUUGACGAAAAACCUCACGCUGCUGCAUUACCUGAAGCGGAUUUUCAACGUCAAAUGUCUGAAACUCUCGCCAGUUACCCUGAAGGUCAAUUGUUUGUCAAACAUGCUGGAUUAUUUGCAGCAUUAAGACUCCAUCAUAUAACAACCACUAUAGCAAGUUUAAAGACUGUCGAGAAUGACCAUCUAAUACCUAAAGACGUAUUGAACGCCGUCAUGGUCGAUCAGUGGAAGACAACAUUAUCUAACGAGGAGAAUCCUACAGCUGUAAGCGACUUGUCCAUGGAUGAUUUUCACGUGAAUUCUUUACGAUUAGGACGAUUGAUAGAUGCUAUGCCGAAAUGUUGGCGUUGGACCGGUUUCAAUAAUGGUGUGGAUAUUGUAAUGAACAUGUCACACGGAGUCCUGACCAUGAAGCGAAAUUGCCUGAGUCAAGCCACACCCUACUCCAUUAAUCUGAAAAGCGAACGUGUUGUUCACUACAGGGCCAUAAUAUCGGACAGCGCAGGUGCUUGCCUAUUUGACAGCACCAAACAGAGCAUAGCUUUGAGGCUUGAUCAGAGCGUCGUUGUGGCACGCCUCGGUGAUGACGUGAAACUUCCCAUAUCUGUCCACCUCCUAUAUCUGGCAGCUCAACCCGGUCCUCCGUCAUUUCUUUAUGUAAAUCAAUACAUCAAAAAUGUUGUCAAGAAAGAAGACGAGGAAGAAACGUUUUGCAGAAUGUCUGCAGAUUAG